ACUCAGGUCUGUCUAGAAGCGAAGCUCACUCCCAUCAGCUGUGCCUUGCGACGCGCUCCCUCGCUUUGCUCGAGCUUUUCGGGGCCUGUUGAAGUAUUUUUUUCUUAAAUUCUAGUUAUCGUUUUUUUUUUCUCUCUCUGUGGGCGGGAGAAGAGAUCGUUCAGAGAUACUGAACAAAAAGCAUCUCAAGACUUCCCUAGCCAUCCCCGGGAAGACGUGACGCUGGCGCCAUCUUUAUCUGCAACCUUUGAUACACAGUCGACAAAUGGAGCCAAGUUUCGACAGCUUAGAAUCAUCUCUCAGCUUCGAAGACUCGCUCCUACACUCAAGCAACAUAGACAACCUCUACCAUACGUAUCUGGGCAGCAUGGACACUUUCCCUGCAGCUUAUGGUGGCAGCGACAACUAUUCCACAGGACAGCUGAACCUCCAGUGCCAAAGCCUACACGACAGAACAGCCAGACAGCGUGGCGCACACCUGGAAACGUUUCAGAAUGUUAGCGUCAGCGACUGGCGGGGAGAGGAGUGCGCCGCCUGGGCCUCCAGCGUGUGCCGCCGUCGGGGCCUCGACCAGAACGCCGUGGAUCUCUGCUCCUUCAGGACUCUCAGCGGGUCUCUUAUGCUUCAGUUUUCCCUGCAGGACUUCUGCUCACUUGUCGGCGACGACGUUGGGAGACUAUUUUACAAAGACCUUCGAGCUCAAGUGAAAAGACAAGGAGCGGAUUACCUGGAAGACCAAGGCGAAGGCAACUCCUCCAUCUUCAGCGCGGACUCGAACGCAGCCCAAGACGACGACUCUUGGACGUACACGAAGGACGACUUCCAGGCCCUCGACAAUUACAUUCUCGAGGACACGUGGGACCCUCAGUCGGAUAGCCUGCAGGACCUUGAUCUACAGGAACAAUUCAUGCCGAUUAAAUAUGAUGAGUAUCCGCCUCAGCCUCAGCAUCCACACAUGCCCCAAGGUCACCACCACGAGCCGCUGACCUUGCAAAGUGAUACAGCCUCCUCUUACCCGUCACCCGCCGACUCGGACGUUUUCAAAAAGAUUCCAACAAAUACACGUAGACGAGAACGCGGCCCCAAAAGCUGGGAGUUCCUGGUCCGCCUCCUAGCUGAUCCUCGAACCAAUCCCUCGGUGAUCCGCUGGGAGGACGAGGCAGACGCGACUUUCCGGCUCACACAACCAGACUCGAUCGCUAGGAUGUGGGGGGCCAGGUCGGGGAAACCCAGUCUGUCGUAUGUGAACUUCGCGAGGGGUCUGAGGUACCACUACAACACCGGUGCCCUGGAGGCCGUGUCAGAGAGGCAGCUCGUGUACCGCUGCGGACCGAAAGCACUGCAAUAUCUCAAGCAACUCAAGCAAGAAGGCAUGUGAGGUCUUCGUCUCGACUCCUGCUUUUGAAGGAACUGCUCUCGGGUCUCCAUUCUCAAAGUAAUGGAGGCAGUGUGUUAGAUUUUUUUAUAGGCAUUUUUUAUAUAGUUGUGUAUGUUUAUAAGUAUGUAUGUGCUUGUGUGUAUAUGUGAGUGCGCAUGAGCGAAUGUGUGUAUGUGUCUGCCUAUGUGUGUAUGUCUGUGCCUAUGUGUGUAUGAGGUUGUGUAUGUGCGUGCAUGCGCCUACAUGUGCAUCCGUCGACCUAGGCUUAGACUGUCAGCAUCGCAAGAACCUACAGUCCGCUGACGCCGUCGGGUAGCCAUGUCAACUGACACGCUUGACAUUUUGUACUUCAUCAUUUUACGCACUUCUACAAGUCAUUCCUUUUGCACUGGCAUGAAUUAUUUAAGUUUCAUUUGUGAUUACUUGGUGUAAUCAUAUGACACAUGACACCACAUUCUCUAACCUCAGGAACUUUUCGUCUGACACUUUUUUUUGAUCACAUGAAAGGUAUCUAUUUCCAUUCUGAUAAGCUUUAAAUAGGGACAUUAAAUGUAAGUCAACGAUUUACGAAGAUAGAACGCUAUGCAACUUUAGUCUAAAGCAUGAAUCUGUACACUUUGAAAUAGUAUUCUAAUCAAGACUAUGUUGCCGGUGACUGAUCGUCAUCUGUGCGAAACAUGAGCCAGUAAAGAGAAGACUCGCCCCACGAACCCUGUGGACACUGUAUCUACUGGAACAUGUGUUGUGGUGGUUCGUAGAUUCUCUUCGAUAUGUUUUUUUUGUGCAUUCCUCCCAUGUACCUGCGCCCAUUGAUCCUCUGGGUUAAGUUUAGGACACUUCUGUUAUGUAUACUGUAUAUUUAUACGAAUUUGUCCCUUGCUAUAUGCAUGCAUGUUGUGUUAGCAAACAAGUAUACGAACAAACAUACUCACACACACA